AUGCUGUGCUUCCAGUGCCGGCGGAUCGCCGCAGCCGCGACUCGACCUCGGUCCACCGCAUCACUUGCCAGCCGGCUUAUAACAUCAUCCUCGACUUCGACAAACCGGGCAAGAGGCAUUGCCUUCCCGCCUGUUUUGCAUGCGAGACGGCCCUUCUCAGUGCCACUCUACUCCACCACUUCCGACGCAGCAGCUCACCCGGCAGCCUCACCGCCUGCCGUCGAAAAGCCCGACUACCUAAACGAGGCCGAGUCAGCUGUGUGGGACAAGCUGAUGGCUGAGUUCUCUCCGACAGAGCUCAUGGUUCAAGACAUAUCAGGUGGCUGCGGGUCGAUGUACGGGAUCGAGAUUGCGUCCAACAAGUUCCGUGGCGCCAACAUGUUGAAGCAGCAGAGGAUGGUCAACGCCGUACUUGGUGACCAGUUGAAGGGGUGGCAUGGUGUUCAGCUGCGCACGAAAGUCCCCUGA